AUGCAAAUAGCGUUCAAGACUGUAACAAAGAGACAAUUCGAGUUAGAGGCUAAUCCUACCGAUACCAUCAAACACUUGAAACAAUUGGUAGAGGACAAUACUGAAUUCAGCAGUGCUGGUAUGAAACUUAUUUACGGAGGAAAGGAAUUAAACGAUGAUCAAACAAUAGAAUCCGCAAAUAUUCAAUCAAGUAUUGCUGUUAUUCUUGUAGCAAAGAAAAAGCAACACGUUACUCAACCAAAGAAGAAGGAAGAGGAAACAACGUCUGCUGCUACUACUACUACCACCUCCGAAACAAAACCACCAACCACAACAACAACCGAAAGUACUCUUCCAUCUACUACAACUCCUGCCAGUACAGCAACCACAACCACAGCAACCACACCUCAAGAGCAAAUACCAGGUGGGCCUGGAACAGCUGAGUACGAUGAGGCUGUGCAACAAUUUUUGGAGAUGGGUUACGACAGAAAUGAUAUCGACGAAUGUAUGAAGGCUGCUUUUUAUGAUAGAGCAACAGCAGCUGAAUUUCUCAUUUCCGGCAUUCCAGAAAAUGUCAAGCAAAUGAUGCAAGAACAUGGAGGAAAUAUGCCACCUCCACCACAAGGUGGUAUGCCAGGGCUUCAAGGCAAUCAACAAGGAUUCAGUUUGCGUGAUUUGUUUACUCUUUCACCACAGCUUAACAACUUGAGAAAUGCUAUUAGACAAAACCCAACACUUUUACGUGAAUUUUUACAACAUGUAUCACAAGUGAGUCCGGAGUUAUAUCAAAUCAUUCAAUCAAAUCCUCGUGAAUUUUUGGAAAUUAUUAAUGAAACUGGUCCAACAACAACACAACCAGGUGGAACAACGCCAUCAGGUGGUGUGCCAACAGGAGGUGAGACUGGCGGAGAGCAAGGAGGAAUUCCAGGCGGUCAACAACCUCCACCAGGAACUGUGUUCAUUACUCGUGAAGAUGAGAGAAAGAUCAAUGAGUUAGUCGGUCUAGGAUUUACCAAAAACGAAGCUAUUCAAGCCUAUUUGGCAUGUGAUAGAAAUCAAGAAAUGGCUGCCAACCUUCUUUUUGAAAACCGUGACAGGGGAUUUGAGGACGACGACGAAGACGACGAACAACAAGGAGGUCAAGGUGGAGGCAUGCACGACUAA